CUGUGGUGGUGUCUCUGGUCGUGUUCAUUAUCUGUGCGAUGUAAAGGAGUUUGGUAGCGAUGGGGUCAGUGAUGUGGUUGCGGUUGCUGGUGAUGCUGGCUGCAUGCUGGGCACAGGAGGGCGAGUGGAGCGAGGAUGCUGAAGACCUUGUGUCGACGGUGGAUGUGGACGCGGUGCUGGGUCGUACAGCGUCACUCCCUUGUGACGUCACACCUGACACUAAUGAAGACAGGGUCUACAUGGUACUGUGGUUCCGAGCUGGAAAGGCCACAGGCGGAAAACCUAUAUACAGUUUCGACGUGCGGGGUCGUUCGUUUAAUAAAGCACUGCAAUGGUCAGACCCCCUUGCGUUCGGGCCCCGAGCCUACUUCGCGACUGUGGCCCGCCCAGCCGCGCUCACACUCGACACCGUCCAGCUGGACGACGAAGGCAUCUACCGAUGUCGUGUCGAUUUCAAGAACUCGCCGACACGAAACUUCCAAAUACGCCUCUCUGUUAUAGUACCGCCACAUCAGCUAAUACUAUACGAUAAGUCCGGGAGGGACGUGUCAGGAGUCGUGGGACCUCUGGAAGAGGGCAACGAGCUCGUUCUCGUCUGUGAGGUCAGAGGAGCUCCUACAGUGAUGUGGCUGAUAGACGGUACUCCAGCACCUCAAUACAUCGGGGAGAAGACUGACACUCACGUAGUAGUGAACCGGCUAGAACUGCCCCAUGUCAGGCGGACCCACCUGAACACUACCUUCAGGUGUCGCGCUUCCAACACCAACCUCGUCAGCCCACAGGAGAAGACUGUUAGAUUAGAAAUGAACUUGCGCCCAACACUGGUGGAGAUAUUAAGUAAACCGACAACGUUAUCGUCGGAACGGUACAUCACCCUGACGUGCGUGUCGGAGGGCAGCCGGCCGCCGGCGCAACUCACCUGGUACAAGGAUAACAGAAAAUUUAAAAGGGGAAAGAUAAUAGAAGCUAUGAACGAGACGUGGGUUAGCAGUCAGGUCCAGUUCAUGCCUCUACCAGAAGAUGAUGGCGUACAGCUAAAAUGUCAAGCGGACAACAACGCAUUACCAGGACAGAGUCUCGAAGACUCGUUCAAGCUAGAUGUAGUUUAUCCUCCAGUUGUUUCAUUAUCACUAGGAAGUACGUUGAACCCUCACGACAUCAAGGAAGGUGAUGACGUGUACUUCGAGUGCUCGGUUCGCGCCAACCCCAGAGAACAUAGGAUAUCCUGGUAUCAUAAUGAUAAGCCAGUCCUUCACAACGUGGUAGCCGGUAUAAUCGUGAGCACCAAGUCACUGGUCCUGCAGAAGGUGACGAGAGACCACGGAGGGGACUACUCUUGCAGAGCAACCAACGCGCUCGGAGAGACUGCCAGCCAAUCCACUCAUCUUAGCAUACAAUAUGCUCCAGUAUGCGCUCAUCCGUCGCCACAAGUGCUGGGCGCGCAGUUGGACGAAUCUUUGCGCGUGCGCUGCUCCGUAACUGCCAACCCGCCUGACGUGAAUUUCUUCUGGCAGUUUAACAACAGCGGGGAAAGUCUCGAAGUAUCACCGUUGAAAUUUGGUACAGCGAAUGGCAGUACCAGUGAAUUAAGCUAUAAGCCACAGAGCGAGCGAGACUACGGAACCCUGAGCUGCCGUGGUACCAACACUGUGGGCCGACAACUAGACCCUUGCGUCUUCCAGAUCGUUCCAGCUGCGCGUCCCACAGCACCACGGAACUGUUCCUUACAAACUGGCAAUACGAGCGCAGAAGGUAGCUCGUGGUUGCGUGUGCGCUGCGUCGCUGGCUACGACGGAGGUCUGCCGCAGUACUUCAUGCUGGAGGCUUUGGACCCUGUGACUGGACAAACGAGGUUCAAUGGCAGUGUUAAUGAGACUGAUGGCCUAGCCGUAUUCAAACUGGACCUGGCCCAGCUAACAUCAGCUGGUGAAGCUGCAGGAGCCACCUUCAACCUCCUAAUCUACGCGAGGAACCUCAAAGGAGAAUCAGAGAAGACUUUGCUUGAAAAUAUCGCCUUCAAUGACGCAGCUCGACGAACUGAUGGAAAAGGCGCAAUGAGUGGAGUAAGCGUUGGAGUCGCAGUGGCAGCUGCGCUAGGAGCUACUUUAGCAGCUGGUGGUUUAGCCAUAGCUGCCUUAUGUGCCCGUCGACGCCGAGCCACGCCACCACACAAACACCCACCUGGUGACAUGCUGGAACUCAGCGAUGGUGGAAGACGCUACGUGGUGGCAUACACCAUCAAACCUUCUCCAGAUCUCAAAACACCAGACCCACAACCAGACAUACUGAAUGCACCAGAUUCCGAAAAUCAACCUUCAGCUCCUAUAUUAGACGAAACGGACGAGUGGCCUAGUAUAAAAGAAGUCAGAGGAGAUUGGAGUAAAGCUGGUGCGGUCUUCUCAGCAGAAGACCUCGCAUUAUUAGACUCUACUGGGAGACCACAACAGCUGACACCAAACAGCGACCUAGUGCCCAGUAGACAAGAAGACGUUCUCAACCAGAAUUUACAACCGUUAGGAAGUAACUUUAGGCCUAGCUAUGUAGUCACUAACAGCCCUACUUUGGGCAGCCCUAACUUCGUGUGUCCCAAUGGGAACUUGAGUUCUCCGUUCGGUAGCCAGACUCUUAGUGGACCAACUCUAAGUUCAGGGAGUCUGGCUACCUCCACUCUACAUAGAAACAAAGGGAAAGGUAACGUGCGGAGAAGGGAACACGUGCUAGCAGAAAAUCUACCCGGACCAGAGAGUUGUGUGUAAAGUGAUGACUUUAUGUGCUUCACGGAUUUGAAUUCAAUGUUUAGUUUCGCGGUUAUUGCAGACCAAAGCUAUUCUUUUCUAAUCUUAUUUAGCAAUUUAAAGAAAAUAAGUUUUUACGUUGGUGAAAAUGUAAGUACAUAUUUGACACUGCCAAAAACACUAAUUGAAUUUGAUCAUAUUGCUAAGCGCCGUGACAAUAUUUCACGUGUAUAUAGUUCUGAUAGUUAAAUAUAUUUAGCUAACGUGUCCUAUAAGGGGGAAUGUCCGAUAUAUCUUGUACAUUGCUCUUAUAUUGUAUAAUAAACUGCUACGCAGCGCUCUCAAUAAAUUACGGCCUACAUUUUGUGUUAGUAAUUUGCUCAAAAAUCGGAAACUUGGGGAGUGCGAAGCACGAAGUUUUAAAUUGUAUUUCAAGGUUCCUCAUAAUUAUAUUAAGUAGCGGAACAGCUCGGAACUUAGUGUUCCGUACUUUUAUUUCGGUCGCAGAAUGUACAAUAAACAUUUUAUUGUUUCCCUCCUAGCUACUAACUAGACUAAAGACUUAAUUAUAUUUUUCAUACACGUCUGAAGCUCCAAUUAUUGUAAUUGCGAUAAAAUAAAUUUAUAAGACAUAAAGGCUUAUAGAAUCUCCUAUUUGAUUUAAUAAAAUCGGUUGUGUGUGUAAAUACUGAUAGUUGUGUAAGCCCGACUUGUAUGUAUAGAAACAAAUAUUAUAUCUAUGUUAAGGAGCUUUUGUUGUCAAUUUAUUUAUAUGUGGGGGUAUUUAGUGAAAUUGUAAAUAUUGCAUAGUCAGUGAUGAAUAGAUGAAGCGCUCUGGGCAUACGGCAUGAGAGGACCCUUCGGAGGGCGAAAUUUAAGAUAAAUAUAACUCGUGGGAGGUACGUGUACACUGUCUCCUUACAACAUUGACAUCCCACCAUAAAAUGUAAAAUAAAAUAUGUACAAAACGGUCGUGUAAUAAAUCACAGUCACACUCCGGUGCCGUACCGCCGACGGUUUUCCGUAUGGCGCGGUUUUGAGGUAGUAAAAUGUUUUUAGAUAAAAUAAUUUUCUUACAACGUUUUUAAGUAAUUGGUGGGUGGGAGUGA